GAGUCAGAGCCAUGGCUCCAAAACCUCGAGGAGGAAAGACUCCACGUGGCAAAAAGAAAAAAGGAAAACAUGGUGAAAAUAAGGACCUAACACUUGGUAGUGAAGAAGCUGAACCUGUAAAUAUGGAGAGCCUGGGUCAUCCAGAAAUUUAUCCUUUAGUGUUAACUACCAAGACUCAAGAAAUAUUCAGUUGCCGAAUAGAUGAAGAUCUGACAGAUGAGCAACCUUAUAAACUUAUCAAAAAACAAGAUAUUUUGGCAGACUUUCAAAACAGAGCUGCAGUAUCUGAUUUCUACCCAGUCAAAAAAAUUAUCCAGGAAUAUCCUGGAGAUGAGAUUCUGAUUGUUUAUGACAAAGACUUCGAAUUUGGACUUAACUUUUAUGUUAUUGGAACAGAAGAGGGCAAGGAAAACUAUUUAAACCCCCCGGAAGCUCAGGAAGAACAGGAUGAAGACAUUCCUGAAGAGAUGUACGAUUAUAAGCCACCCGUCUCUAAACCAUGGGUUUCUUUGGGCAGUGAAAAAGAAAUUGAGGAAGAAUCCGUUACGACAUCUACAGAGCAGAUUACAUAUAUGAUUUCUCGAAAACGAGCUGAUUUUGGUGCACCGAUUAAGUUCAGUGACCAUAAUGCUUCCAGUGUAAAAGAUGCCUAUAUUGAAUGCACAGCCUACCCAGAUAAAAAUUUUGUUAUUAAGCAACUUGAGAAAGAUGUUGGCAUGCAAGUAGUCCCUGAAAUGAAGGAGAUAAGUACUCAGACAAAAUGGACAUAUCCCAGAAACGCUACUACACAAUAUUAUCCAAGAGAAUUUUUAGAAAAGGAAAAAGAAACAUUCGGACAAUCAAAGCCGUUAGCUGAUUUUCUUAACAACAUGUCCACAAGCGUUGAAAUAGCCUUGCAACAAAAUGAAAUCACGAACACAUUUAUUGACGACUGGAAAACCCUGGUGGAAGAAGAAGGCACCUUCGGGGACAAGACCGAUACCCACCUGAAGGAGUACCAGUCCUUCACCGACCUUCAUAACCUGAUGGAGAAAAUGGUCACCUGCGUCUCCUGGCACCCGAAUAUCUAUGGACUCAUAGCUGUGUCGGUGGCCGUGCGGCUCUCCUUUGAAGAAAGAGUUUACUUUUCUGGUAAAUUAUUGCUGCAACCAUCACUGAUUCUGUUCUGGAGUUUCUCCGACCCCAUACAUCCUCAGUUAAUGCUGGAGAGCCCAGACGACAUUUUCUGCUUCACGUUCUGUCCGAGUAACCCUAAUAUUAUUGCUGGAGGCUGCAUCAAUGGGCAGAUUAUCCUGUGGGAUAUUACCGCACAUGCUAGCCGCAUAGAGCACGUUAAGACAGGCAGCAGUAGAAGUAAAAAAGCCACACUCAAGCCCAUGUUUCUCCUUGAACCAGACGAUAAUAAAGAAGCAAUGUAUAUCAGGCACUGUGCAGUCUCCUCAAUAGAAAAUGGACAUAGGAAAGUAAUUACAGAUAUACACUGGCUGUCGGACACCUUUGAGAUUAACAGAAUGGGUUCUGUCUUUGAGAAUCGAAGUGGGAUAUGCUGCCAACUGGUCACCUGUUCGGCAGAUUGCACAAUAUGUUUUUGGGAUAUCAGACAACAGAAAGGUACAACCAUUCAAUCAAUAGAGAAGAAGAAAGAAGAAAGUAUUGAAAUUCCUAAUGAUGUACCAUCUACAUUUUUGCAUCUAGAUCUCUCCUGGAAACCUCUCUCUAAGCUAAGACUGUCUAAAGGUGAAACAAGUUUAGACCACUGUCCAGUCAAGUUAAGCAUGGGUAAAGACCAUCUCAUUUACAAAACACAAGAGAAAGUGUUAGUUCCGAACAUAGUCGUAAAGACUGAAGAAAUGAACCCGUACCAGAACCUGGAAAGUGGGUUGGCCAAUCUCCUCAGGCCGAUAGAGGACUUCUGCACAAAGUUCUUCGUGGGAACAGAGGAAGGUGAAGUGUUAUACUCAGAUUGGAAAAUGGAAAGAGACCCUGAAACUGGCCGAUUGAUGAUUUUAAAAAUUUGCUUCAAGUUCGGACCCCUCCUUCAGUCAUGCUGUGCUCCAAAAAGGUACACCUCUGGGCACUGGUCCCUGACUAGGCCCGGCGUCUUCUAUAUUGGCCGAGAAGAUGGGUACAUCGAUAUCUGGGACCUUCUGGAGAAAACCCAUGAACCAGCCCAGUCACAGAACAUCUGUAUAACGAUGAUCAACUGCAUCAAACCCUGGACCUUUACUGCGAAGCAGCAAUUCAUAGCCGUGGGUGAUUACUAUGGGACGCUGCAUAUAUUAGAGAUCCCUUGGACGCUGAGUCACCCUUCCACCAAUGAGGCAUCAAGUAUAAACCAUUACUUUGAAAGAGAAGUCAAGCACCUGGAAUAUAUGGAGCAACGCAAGAAAAUCCGUGAACAAGAAAGGAAGGAAAUGGCGCUGGAGAGGGAGAAGAAAAAAGUUAAACCGCAUCAGAAGGGGAAAGAUCAGCUGGAGGCUGAUUUGAAGAUGGACUACGAGAGCUACUUGGAACUGGAAAAGACCGUCCUCCUCAGCCUGGGCCUCACGAAGGCCACGGACACGCUGUCGUUCGUGGACAUGAUAUAGGAGCCUUCCUGUUGGGUGUCUGGGGCCUUCGGGAGAGAGACUGCCUUUCCUUCCUAUUCAAUGCUUAUGUAAGAUGGACUGUCAGACUAAACAUUCAGUAGGGUUACUUAUGAAGAGCAGGCUUUUGUUUCAUUGCUAGUAAAACUUUUCAAUUAUAACAAUUAGUAAGACCUGCUUUGAUCAUUUCUCGUUUUAAUAUGUACCGAAACUUUGUACCGAGUAUGGAACUUAUGGAUAAGGGAACUUUGAUUUUCCUAUAGAAAUACACAGCUUCAGAGAUCCCCUGACCCCCAGUCCUCAAUAGCCAUUCAGGGCCCCAACCCCAGAUAGAAUUAGAAAUUAAACUUUUUUCCUAAUCAUCAGGUUGCUUUUGGUCACCUUCCCAAAAAGAGCUCCCUUUGGGCCCCUGCACAGAUUGUAGGGCCAUGUGCUGAACAAAAUAGUAGUGAGUCAAAUCCGGAAACAUAUGCAUAAAGAAAGGAUGACGUGUGAAGGUCAUGCUGGCUUAUCCAGGAAAUAUAAAGUUAAUUUAACAGUAGAAAGUAAAUUGAUGAUUGAUUAAAGGAGAGAAAGUCUGAUACCAAAGAGAUGUAGGAACACAUAUCGAUAAAAUUUGAUAUCCAUUCCUGAUAAAACAACAAUAGAAUCUUAGCAACUACAAAAAGAAGGGAAGAAGCUGGGCUUCCCUUAACCUGAUGCAGGAAAUGUAAAAAAAAAAA